AAGGAGGUGGGUGAGGAAAAAGAAUAAAAGCCACUAAACACAUAGAGGAGGAUGAGAAACAGAGGAAGCCACAGAGUAAAACAGCAAGAGAAAGAAGAAGAGGGGACGCCUGAGUCUAAGCUGAACCUGAGGUGGAAGAGACGGCUGGAAAGGCAACUCAGUGAGAGCUGCGAUCCAGAAGGAGGAGCCCUAAGGAUAUGCAGGGAAAGUCGCAGAUUAUGACACGCCCGUCAUGAUUCCAGACCUGGAAAACCUGGCAACUUAACUUCUUUUUUUUUCUAUCAACACUUGAUGCACUAAGUCUUUGAAAUGAUCAUGACGCUAACAGGAUUACACUUUAUGACAACAGAGGAUUAUCUCAGAUUAUCACUUGAAUUUUUUCCCCAAACAUUUUCCUACAUAUGUUUGUAAAGCAGGUCCUUCAGUCUCUGUGUUGAUGUUGGAUAGUGGUUUCUCGGGUUUUAUGGAAGCUUGGAUUUUGCUGUGAAAGUUUCCACUUAUUUCUUCCUCUGCUUCAGUUUUGGGCCACUGAAAUUAGUUUUUUUGCCAUUUGGUAUUUGCCAUUUUUUAUGUUCAACUAUGGUAUGGCAAGAAGUUUGACUAUAUCCUACCAACAAUGUGGGGAACUAAGUAAGAAUAACAUGCUUUCUUGAGAAAAUGUUCUCCAGAAAUCGAUUCAAUGGACAACAUGGUGCUGGAGUUUCUCCUAAAGGCGGCGCAAAAUCCAAAACUCAUCCACCUAAAAAGAGAGCUCCAAAUCCAAAAGUAGCAUUGGUCAUUCGUGGCAAAAUUCAUCGUCUUUUGCAAGGUUCUGCAGAUCACCAUGUCCCUGAUUCCCACCUUUAUUAUCCAGGCAAUGAACAGGAAGAGGAGGAGGUGGAAGCACCUGACAAUAGAAAAGAGCUCAGAAGUAUUUAUCCGAAGGUUACCCCAAGGUCUGAGGCUUUCACAACAAAAGGUUCAAUCAUUAAAAGACAUGAAGUUGUAUCAGGCCCACCCUGUGUAGGAGAAAUGGAACUGAACAGAGAGGGGUGCAUAAGAUUACCUGGCACUUUACAACAUAAAAGCUCCAGAUCCCAGAGAAAUCAAAAACGCAUAUCUUUUGAAAGUGGUCUUCGGGAACCUCCAGAGCACAACCAACCUGUCCCACUAUACACACCAGUUAGCCCAGACAUGAAUGGAACAAAGUUUGUAUCAAGAACCCAAGAAUAUUCAUCACCUCGCAUUCGACCCAAAAGACCAUAUUCCGCUGGUGACUGUGUGGACUUCAACAGAGCUCUACCAAAUACCCUUCUGGAAGAGGAUGAAGAUAGAGAAGAGGCUUCAAGUGCCAUCAUUGACCAUAUUCUGAAGGAGCUAAGGGGCAUCAAUAAGAUCCAGGAAGAAAUCUCAGACCUCAGGGAUUAUCUGACCUCAGUGCGGGGCUCAGUUGAGGAAGUGUCCUCGUGUGUAGAUGCCGUACUAUUGGAAAUCGAGGGCAUCCGUUCUUGCAACAAAAGCAGUUCAGCUACAUGGUCGGGGAGUAAAGAUGGACAAUCCACACGUAGAAGGCCUGCCAGUGCCUAUGGUAGUUUAGGGAGUCCAUUAGCAAAGUUGGAUCUUGACUGUUUUCUGCCAGGGUAUGAGCCCCAAAAUAUACAUGGGGUACUAGUGCCAACAAGGCUAGAAGGGUCUAAGGUGUCCCACAGGGUUUCAACAGAUGAUCAUCAGGAACUGGAGGAACCUGAUGAUACUUCGGAUCAUAGUUCAGAUAUACCAGAAGGUGCAACUGCAAGAAAUCUUAGCUUAAACUUUCUUGAACAUGGGGAUGUCCAAGACUUUCCAAGCACUAGCUCUUUGUCUUCUGGUCAUAGUUCUAAGUCUGACUAUGACUUUGAAAGACAAUUAUCUAGUUAUGAAAGAAAGGACCCAAGAGUUGGUGCAGAGGAAGAAUGGACUAACACCAUACCCAGACGUAGUGUUAGUAGGCAGUCUAAGUGGCACAAGGAUAGCACUUACCUCAGGGAUAGGGGUCUAGAGAAGAAAAGCAGCAAGAGCUCUCAUUUUUGUGAAGGAACUGAAAACUGGGAUCACUACAGAGGAGCAGGAGGAUAUAGUGCACCGCUACAGACAUUCACAGAAUGCUCAGAACAUAUUUCUAUUAGCUCUGGAAAGCAUUAUAACUCACCUCCCAGAACUUCCAGCAGGAAGGAGCGGGAGUCAUGGAUGAGACGUCCUCAGAGUCAGCCCAGGAGUCACAAUCCAACCGUUAACAGCUUUGGCAACUCCCCUGUUGGAUACGACUAUUCUGCUGAUCUUUCCUACCCUCAAAGUUCAGGAUACCAUUCAAUUGAGGUUAAUGAUGGAGAAACAGAGGAAUUUGAGUUUGAUCAAACAAAUAAGUUGACCUUCAGAACAAACAGUGAAACUGAAACCCAUCUAGCCUAUGACGAGAAUUCUGCUGGGACCUGGACAGAGAGACCUUCAGAUAUCCAAGAAGAUGUAGUUGUAAGAUCCUACAGAAGUCAAAGUUGGGAAAACCAACUCUCUGAUUCUGGUUAUACUGAUGUCCAACCUGGAAGUUUAACUGUAAAACGCAUAGGAAAAGCUGUACUUGAUUUUAGGUCUGCUUUACGUGGUGCUCUGCGAAAGGUUGAAGGACCUGUAGGAACAAAUUCUGGAGACCUACUAGACUUUGAAUUAGCAAUGCCUUCUGACCUUCCUACAAGUGAGCUGUCUUUGAAACUUUCAUCCACCCAGGGACAUAUAGAAAAAAAUCUAUUCCAUGAAAAUGAUGUUGGUUCUGCUCGUACUUUUGGUGAUCUGUCUAAAAACAAUAGUAUUGAAAAGUCUAAUGAUGAUUCUGUAAAGCCUGUAGUUGAUAAAAUCAGCAAAAGCCUUGAGUCCCUAGAUUCUGGCCAAAAUCCUCCUCAUUUGAGCAAGAUUUCCUCAAGCUUUGAAGAAACUUCCAUGGGUCCUGACAGUCUUGUCAAUACUACUCCAACACCUGAUGGCCUUACAAAAUUAACAGGAGAGAGCAUUUCUGAAAAAACUUUAAAAGGACCUGAGGAUGUGAAUGAGAAAGAACAGGUUUCCCAGUGCACCACUGAAGAAUCCUUGUCGGCCUCAUUUCAGGCUGAUGAGCAUGUAGCAUUGCAAAAAGUGUUUUCCACAGAGGAACCACAAAAGCAUGUCACUGACAUUACUGGAGGCUUGGAGGUACAACCAGUGGGAGAUGAAGCAGCGUCAUCAACAGAGACCCCCCAAAUCGAUGAACGCAAGCUGAAAUGUCUGAGGAGCUUUCAGCAGAUUCUGAGAGAGAAGAGGGAAACCAGACGCAACCUUGUCAGUAUGACUAUGUCCACCUUCUCCCAGGAAGAGAUGGAACAAGAUGGGAGUCAAGAUGGAGAUCAGAGCCAAGGGCAGGCCGCUGACCCCAGCAAGCAGCCGUGGGCCAAGCCCGGGGCAAACACACCAUUUGGCAUUGACAGCAUGCCAGACCUCCGCAAGAGGAGGCCUAUUCCUCUUGUUAGUGAAUUGGCUAUGACUAUCAUUCAGUCCAGAAAAGCCGGACUCACUCACUCUUUGGCCACUCGGACCUCACUAAAGGAUGAAGAGCUUAAAAACCAUGUUUAUAAGAAGACUUUACAAGCCCUGAUCUACCCCAUCUCCUGCACCACACCGCACAAUUUUGAAGUGUGGACGGCCACCACUCCCACCUACUGCUAUGAGUGCGAGGGUCUGCUCUGGGGCAUCGCUCGGCAGGGAAUGCGCUGUGCCGAGUGUGGGGUUAAAGUUCAUGAGAAGUGCCAGGAGCUGCUCAAUGCUGACUGUCUGCAGAGAGCAGCAGAGAAAAGUUCCAAGACUGGAGCAGAAGAUCGGACGCACCACAUCAUCAUGGCUAUGAGAGAUCGGAUGAAGAUCCGGGAAAGAAACAAGCCGGAGAUCUUUGAAGAAAUCAGGAAGGUGUUUAUCAUUUCUAAGAUGAUUCACGCCCAGCACAUGAAGAGUGUCAAGCAGAGCGUACUAGAUGGCACCUCCAAAUGGUCUGCCAAGAUCACCAUCACAGUGGUUAGUGCACAGGGUCUUCAGGCCAAGGACAGGACCGGCUCCAGUGAUCCAUAUGUCACCAUCCAGGUGGGAAAGACCAAGAAGAGAACAAAGACCAUUUAUGGAAACCUGAACCCAGUUUGGGAGGAAAAGUUCAGCUUCGAGUGCCACAAUUCAUCAGACCGGAUCAAACUCAGAGUGUGGGAUGAGGACGAUGACAUCAAGUCACGGGUGAAGCAGCGACUAAAGAGAGAGUCUGAUGACUUCCUGGGUCAGACCAUCAUUGAGGUCCGAACACUGAGUGGAGAGAUGGACGUUUGGUACAACUUAGAGAAGAGAACUGACAAGUCGGCAGUGUCUGGUGCCAUCCGUCUUCAGAUCAGUGUAGAGAUCGAAGGAGAGGAGAAGGUUGCUCCAUACCAUGUGCAGUACACAUGCCUUCAUGAGAACAUGUUUCACUUCUCAACCGAUGUCGAGGGAGGCGGAAUGGUGAAGAUCCCGACAGCUCAAGGAGACGAUGCCUGGAAGGUCUACUUUGAUGAAGUUCAGCAGGAAAUUGUCGACGAGUUCGCCAUGCGUUACGGCGUGGAGUCCAUCUACCAAGCCAUGACACAUUUUUCUUGCCUGUCAUCUAAAUACAUGCUGUCAGGAGUGCCGGCAGUGAUGAGCACCCUGCUGGCCAACAUCAAUGCCUUCUACGCCCACCCCAUUGCCUCCACAAAUGUCUCCGCUCCUGCAAGAUUUGCUGCUUCCAACUUUGGGCGGGAUCGUUUUGUAAAGCUCCUGGAUCAGCUGCACAACUCCUUAAGAAUCGACCUCUCUAUGUACAGAAAUAACUUCCCAGCCAGCAACAAGGCCCGUCUCAAUGACCUGAAAUCAACCGUAGAUCUUCUUACCAGCAUCACCUUCUUCCGGAUGAAGGUGUUGGAGCUGCCGAGUCCGCCCAGAGCAGCCAACGUGGUGCGGGAUUGUGUCAAAGCCUGUCUGAACUCCACCUACGAGUACAUCUUCAACAACUGUUUAGAUCUCUUUAAUCGCCAGUUUCAACCUGCAAUUCAGGAGCCUGAGCAGGAAAAGAAGAAGAUAAAGAAAAAGAAAGAAAAAGCUGAGGGAGAAGGAGAUGAUAGUGAAGAAGAAGAGGAAGAGGAAGAGGAGGAGGAAGAGGAGAAGAAAGAAGAGAGUCAGCCAGAAGAACAAGGCCCGAGCAUCCAGAAUCUGGACUUUUGGCCUAAACUCAUCACGCUUAUUGUGUCCAUCAUCGAGGAAGACAAGAACUCAUAUACGCCCAUCAUUAACCAGUUUCCUCAGGAACUCAAUGUCGGUAAAGUCAGCGCUGAGGUGAUGUGGAAUCUCUUCGCUCAGGACAUGAAAUAUGCACUGGAGGAGCAUGAGAAGCAUAAGCUGUGUAAAUCUGCUGACUACAUGAACCUACACUUUAAAGUCAAAUGGCUUUACAACGAAUACGUGAAGGAGCUGCCCGCGUUCACAGAUGCUGUGCCUGAAUACCCUGCGUGGUUCCUCCAGUUUGUUCUGGCCUGGCUGGCUGAGAACGAGGAGGUGUCGAUGGACUUCAUGUCCGGAGCUCUGGAGAGAGACAAGAGGGAAGGGUUCCAGCAGACGUCUGAGCACGUUCUGUUCUCCAGUUCGGUGGUGGACAUCUUCACUCAGCUUAACCAGAGCUUUGAGAUCAUCAAGAAACUGGACUGUCCUGAUCCAGCUGUGGUGGCCCAAUAUAACAGACGCUUUGCUAAGACAAUCACCAAAGUUCUGCUGCAGUAUUGUGCAGUGCUGGCCAAGAGCUUUCCAGCCUACUGUGAGAAGGAGAAGAUACCCUGUGUACUAAUGAACAACAUCCAGCAGAUGAGGGUCCUUCUGGAGAAAAUGUUUGAGUCGAUGGGAGCAAAACAGCUGGACACUGAGGCCGCCAACAUCCUCAACGACCUUCAGGUGAAGCUCAGUACAGUCCUGGACAACUUUAGUGCCGUGUUUGCUAAAAGUUUCCAGAAUCGCAUAAACAGCUGCAUGCGUCAGAUGGCCGAGAUCCUCUACCAGAUGAAAGGUCCGCCCAACCACAACACUGCAGAGACAGACGCCGACAAUGCACUGAGGCCUCUAAUGGAGUUCCUGGAUGGAAACCUCAGCAUAUUCGCUGACAUCUGUGAAAAAACGGUGCUGAAGAGGAUCCUAAAGGAUCUGUGGAAGAUUGUCCUGAGCAGCCUGGAGAAGACCGUCGUCCUGCCUCAGUCUAAUGACAGCCUGGGAGCUCAACUCCUCACUGCAGCGAAAGGACUCUCUAAUCUCAAGGGAGGAGCUGAGGCCAAAACUUUGACACCUAAACAAUGCAUCAUUAUCGAUGCAGGGCUGGAGACAAUCAAGCAAUUCUUCCAUGCUGGAGGAAAUGGCCUGAAGAAAGCAUUCGUAGAGAAAAGUCCUGAGCUAGCUUCGCUGCGUUACGCCCUGUCACUGUACUCCCAGAGCACCGAUGCCCUGAUUAAGACUUUUGUCACCACACAACACUCCCAAGUGCACGAUGGGAUUGGCAUCAGAAUCACCGGCAAUGAGAAGAUUAAACCUGACAGAGGCUCAGGUGUGGAGAAGCCAAUUGGAGAGGCUAUGCUGCAGAUCGACAUGCUGCUCGGAAAAGAGCGCAAGAUCAACGUCCGUGUAAUUGCUGUGAACGAUAUGAAGUGGCAAACAUCUGGGAUGUUUCGGCCAUUUGUUGAGGUCUCCAUGGUGGGUCCCUUCUUGGCCGACAAAAAGCGCAAGUUCACCACUAAAUCAAAGAACAACUGCUGGACAGCAAAGUUCAACGAGACUUUCCAGUUUAUCCUAGGUAAAGAGUCUCCAGAUUGCUACGAGCUCCAUGUGACAGUGAAGGAUUACUGCUUCGGCCGGGCGGACCGGGUGGUCGGCAUGGCUGUGGUCCAGCUGCGCGACGUGGCCGACAGGAAGAGCUGUGUGUGCUGGUGUCCUCUUGGGCAGCGAAUUCAAACUGAUGAGACGGGCAUGACGGUGAUGCGUAUCCUGUCUCAGCGGCCGGCUGAUGAGGUGGCAAAAGAGUUUGUGAAGCUGAAGUCUGAGACUCGCCCUGCAGAGGAGGGCAGAUGAGCAGAGCUUCAGACUUAGGACUGAAUGUUGCUAAAAUAGAGUAAAUGUUGAUGACCCAUCUCAUGUUUAUUUUCGGAAAACAGAGUCAGCAUGUCAGUUACUGAUCGUAUAUGUGUGAGUUACUGAUUGUUUAAGGCAAAGAGGACAUAAUACAGCUUACUUUGUAUGAGAUAAAGAGUUUAUUUUGAAGAUAAUGAAGUUAGGGGACGUUAGACAGUUGAUCUGAAUAAAAUCAAUACGAUCUUAAUCCAAAUACAAAUAUUACAUUUGUGUCUGCUAGUUACAGCCAAUGUUUUAAGGGGGAAACAGCAGGCCUGUUUAAUAAAGGUAACUACAACUUUAAGGCUUUUAGAGACCUGAGGAAAAUCUUGUGUGCCAUCAGUACCACCAUUUACUCUAGAUCUCAUCCAUAACCACUUAAGGGGUAAUCAAAGAAAACUCCUCCUAUUUCACUAAUUGGUUUCAAGCUUGUUUAUUGUGAAUCAGAGCUUUCAUAACUUGGAUCCACCAAUUAACACUCCUAGCACCAGAUGUGUCUUAUAUAAAGUAGCUGUUUUAAUUAUGUUUGCAGAACUGCAGCAUAUCCCAACAAAAAAGGUCUCUUAUCGUUAAUAGUAAUUACUUUUAAAUAUUGAUUGGCUGGUGGUAGAUGGUGCAAAAUCACAUUGGAGCAUGAUGUUGUAGCAAGUUCUCAUUCGUGACGCCUUAAACAGGGGACAGUUAGCUGCCAAAGGUAGCUUUGUUUACUUUUAAUGAUUGAGUUUUAUGAUUGAUCAGUCAAGCUUGUGUUAAUUUUACUAAACACAAAACUGUUUAAUGGUUUAAGUGAGAUGGAUUUAAAAAACCAAACACACAGGAAGAACCAUGUUUUUUUUCUGUAUGAGAUAGAGGAACAGAUAUCUUUUUUUCUAACAACAUUUAGAGUUUUUGCAAGCUGAAAAAUUUAUAUAUAUAGAUGCUGCAACCGUGCAAUGAAUUUGUUAUGGCCUCGCACCUAUCAUCCAUUUCCAGUACCUUACUGGUGUUCCUAUAAUUAAACCUACAGCAUAGACAACAAGAUAGAUCUGUCCUGUUGUGUGCUGACGAUGUGCCAAGGUUAGUAAGUGUUCAGUGCGUCACAUUCUAAGGUUGAUUUCAGACAAAUGUGGCCUUUUGCUCUAAAAAUCCCAUAUUUUGCUACUGGUUUUUCAAACGCUACUUAACAACAGCGUUUAUUAAACGGAAAACAGUCUGCUUAUAGUUAAAGACCCUGUUGGGAUCUUUCUCAUCGGCCAUACCUGGAGUGACAGCUGAACACUUGCACUCUUCUUAGAACAAACCUGUAAAAAAAAUAUAAAGGCCUACGAAUAGAGCAUGUAUUUAUUGUACACAAAAUCCACUAGAUUUGUGAUUUUUUUUUUAAGUAUGUACUGUGAAACUGAGUAAAUUUCUGUAAUUAUAAAUAUCCUAAUGUGACAUAUGUUGAAUA